ACUUUGACUUUAGGCCUUUUAGUACUCGUGUUCGUCUCAGUAAUGAGUGUGAAUGAAACACACAGGUUUAACAGUAAUAUUGAAAAAAAAAAAGUAAAAGUCUUAAAGUGCCCAACAGUGUAAGUGAAAGGGGAUUUUUAAAGUGGACACUAUACAGCAAGUUUUUGGUUUGAUCCAAUUAAGCCAUGUGGACACAUGUGGCAGUGUAGUCAGUCAGACAUUACAACACACUUAGCCUCGUGACCUGCUGAGCUUUGACAUUAAUCAACAAUUACUUUCUUAAAAAGCAGUUUUUAAUUUAGUUUAUUUGAUUCCACACUUAAAAUAAAGCAAAGUAAAAUAUAUAAACUGAGUCCACCACAUGCAUACAAACUCAGAUAUACACUCGAUGGUCUACUCCUAUUUUUUUAAGCGUGUGCAGGGGAGGUAGGAUGUACAGAAACCUUUCAAAUGCUCGAGGCAAGAUAAACAUGACAGAAUGGCUCUCAACAGACAUGAAAAAUAAGAAUUUCCCAUCUCUCCAGCUAUCCGAAAUAAACACUAUAAAUGGGAAAUCACCAAUGUUUGUUUUUAAAUGUCUUCCAGGGGUAAACAUCCAACAAGAUAAUGACUUUGACUCACUGAAACACAUUGAAAAGGGGAGAAGCAUUGAGUCCAGGAAAGUAUAUGCGUGAAUAAAUGAAUUAGUAUAUUUGAUAAAGGUGUGGUUUGAGUGUUUUUGUUGUUUUUACCAAAAUGUCAUAUCAUGAGGGUCAAGUAGUUUUAUUGUGAAAGCCAUUACCGGAAGUCUGAUAUCUGUGGGGCUUGACUCUCUGGAGACGCCCAUUUCCAGUCCACACCCACCCCGGCCGCUGGGUCGGUUCCUCCCUCUUCAGUAGCUAAUUUUUCCUGCCUGGAUGUCGGAUCACCACCGCAGUUCAACCGCAACAGGCGGAGCCAGUGUGUGGGCCAUCACUCCAGAGGAGAGGGGGAAACACGACAAACAGUUUGACACCCUCGCCCCCGUCCUCGGCUAUGUCUCUGGAGAACAAGCCAGGAAAUUCUUCCUCCAGUCUGGCCUGCCUGCUGCUGUCCUGGCUGAGAUCUGGAACCUAGCUGACAUGGACAGCGAUGGGAAGAUGGACAGACAGGAGUUUUCCAUCGCUAUGAAGCUCAUUAAACUCACACUUCAGGGGCGGAACUUACCGUCUGUCCUGCCAAUCACCAUAAAGCAACCUCCCGUCUCCAGUUCAGCGUCAACCAUCCCUUCAUCAGCACGUUUUGGAAUGGGUUCUAUGCCAAACCUGUCAAUCGGUCUGUCAUCCAUGUCAACUAUGUCAGCCAUGCCCAUCCUAACACCCUUCCCAGCUAACCACUCCAUGCACUCCAUGCAAACCCUUCUGCCAACGCCAAUGACUCUGCCCCUCAUCCACUGCCUGGGAAGCUGUGGACUCCCCAACGGCAAUGUCAACCUCCUCACCCCACCCUUUGUUCCCAACAAUUCAGCGCUCCCUCUCUCUGGCUUUUCCUCUCCCAUGGCGUUCUCUCCAUCCACCGGCAUGUCGAAGGCCAACUCUCUUCUGGACCUUGGAUCCAGCAGUUCAAACUCUUCCUCCACCACGUCGCUGGCCAGUAACUCUCCGAAGACGGGUGCAAGCGAUUGGGCCGUCCCGCAGGGCGCGAGGCUCAAGUACCGUCAGCAGUUCAACACGCUAGACAAGCUCAUGAGUGGCUACUUGUCUGGACCUCAGGUUAGAAAUGCGCUGAUUGCAUCCAACCUGACCCAGACUCAGCUCGCCACCAUCUGGUCCUUGGCAGACGUGGACAAGGACGGUCAGCUGCAAGCUGAUGAGUUCAUUCUAGCCAUGCACCUUGUGGACAUGGCUAAAACUGGCCGACCGCUACCCCUCACACUGCCUCAAGACAUGGUGCCUCCUUCUCUCAGAGGAGGAAUCAAGCCCAGUGAGCUUGUUAAUGGAACGGGGCCCUACAUAACUCCCUGUUUAAUAGACACACCAGAGAUAGAACCUGCACUAAAGACCAAGAGCAGUGUGUCCUUUGAGGACAAGCUGAAGGAGAACUUUGCGCGAGGCAGCGCCGAGCUGGAGAAACGCCGGCUGGCUCUGGAGGAAGAGCGGCGAAAGGAGAGGGAGAGGAGAGAGAGGGAGGAGAGGGAGGCUCAUGAAAGGAGGGAGAGGGAGGCAAGGGAGCAGGAAAACCGGAGGAGGCUUGAGGAGGAGAGGCGGAGAGAAAUGGAGAGACAGAGGGAGGAGGAGAGGCUGAGAGAGCUGGAGAGGAAGGAGGCGGCGAAGCAGGAGAUGGAGCGCCACCAGAGGGAGGAGUGGGAGCAUGGGAAGAGAGAGGAGCUGGGCAGAAGGAAAGAGGGGGAGCAGGAGGAGAUCUCUCGACUCAGGGCCAAAAAGAAGAGUCUAGAGUUGGAGCUGCAGGAUGUGGGUAACAAGCACAAGCUGAUCUCAGACCGUCUCCGUGACGCUCAGAGCAAGAGGUGGAUUCUGAAGGCCGAGGUGGAUCUCGUCAAUCAGAAGAGGGACUCGCGCAUCGUAGAGGUCAACGCGUUGCAGCUUCAGUUUGAGGACUGGCAGAGGAAGCUCUCCCAGCUGGUCCCAGAACAACACAGGCUGACAGAAAAGCUGCGAAUCAUCAACCUCAACAAAAUCUCCCCGGUGACUCUGACCUCGCUGGCCGGGACUGUGACGGAGAAAGGAGGGAACUGCCGGAGGCUGAAGGACCAGCUCGACACUCUGGAGAGGGAGACCACCGACAAACUGGCCCAGAUGGAGCAGUACAACAAGGACCUGAAGGAGCUGAGGGAGAAGCAGGUGAGGCAGCAGGCUGUCCUGGACGACCUGCACAGAGUCAAAGAGGAGAAACUGAGGGAGCUGCAGAGGCGCAGGGAGGAGGAGAUGGAGAGGAAGAGGAGGGAGGAAGAGGAGGCAGCCAGACAGGCAAAGUUAGAGCAAGAGAGAAGAGAGAAGGAGAAGGAGGAAGAGGAGGCGCGACAAAGGAGGCUUCUGGAGGAGCAGAGGGCCAGACAAAGGGAGGAGGAGGAGAGGGAGGCACAGGCUUGCCUCCAAGCCGCCCAGGAGAAAGCGCAGGAAGAGGAGAGAAGACGGAGAGAGGAGGAGGAGAAGGAGAUGAGGAAGAGGGAGGAGGAGCAGGAAAGGAAACGGAAAGAGGAGGAGGAGGAGCAGAGGAGGAGUAGCAGCAAAGAAGAGCAGGAAAGAGGAGAACAACAGCAGGUGUUGGUGGCUCAGCGACCAUCCAAGCUGACCACGUAUCGAGCUCUGUACUCGUUUGUUGCCCGAAACGCAGACGAGCUGAGUAUAGACGCAGACGGCCUUAUAGAGGUGGAUGAGCAGACCGUCGGUGAGCCUGGCUGGUUUUGCGGGAGUUACCAGGGAAACAGGGGCUGGUUCCCCCAGAGUUACGCGGAGAAAUGUCCGACCCCCUCUACUACCGAGACAACGGCCCCUUCAUCGCCUGGAAAAUUGUCCUGUCCGCCGCCACCGCCACUUAACAUAAGAGUCCCAGACAAGAAGGUAGCAUGUGACAGCACUGUUCCUGCCCGAUCGGACGCUUCACAGUCCUCCGUCCCUCUGUUGGCUCGAGCCGUCUCCUCGUGGUCAGCCACCUCGGAAACGAAUCUCAACCUGGCCUCCGGCACGGGCAACGUCAUCACUGCAAUGCUGAGCUUCUCCCAGGGUGACAUCAUCGGCGUGCUGCAGCAGAGGGAAGACUGGUGGUUGGGACAGCUCAACGGGACUCAGGGAUGGUUCCCCAAAAGCUACGUCACUUUGGAGACGGGAGGCAACACAGAUGUGGAUGCAUUUGACACAUCUGACUCUGUUCAGCUAGAAGAGUAUGUUGCUUUGUACACAUAUGAGAGCCCAGAGACGGGGGACCUGACGUUUGUUGAGGGAGAUCUUGUCAUGGUGACGGAGAGAGAAGGAGAAUGGUGGCGAGGAUGCAUCGGGGAUCGGACCGGGGUUUUCCCCUCCAACUAUGUCCGACCUGUUGAACCAGAGGUGUCAAAACCUGGAGCUCCAAUCAAAAAGCCUGAGAUAGCCCAGGCAGUCACCACCACCGCCGUCGGCCCGAUGAUGCAUCAGCUGCAUCUUUCUCCAGGGCAACUGAUUGUGGUCCUGGCCAAGAACUCCACUGGUUGGUGGCUCGGGGAACUGCAGGCUCGAGGCAAGAAGCGGCAGAGAGGCUGGUUUCAUUCCUCUCACGUCAAGCUCCUCGGCCCCUCCAGCAGCAAGUCCUCCCCCUCCCCCCUGCCAGUGUGCCAAGUUAUUGCAAUGUACGACUACACCGCUGCCAAUCGGGAUGAGCUGAGCUUCUCCAAGGGUCAGCUGAUCAGCAUCCUGGACAAGACCAACCCUGACUGGUGGAAAGGAGACGCCAAUGGGGUCACAGGCCUGCUGCCCACCAAUUAUGUAAAGAUGACAACAGAAUCAGACCCCAGUCAGCAAUGGUGCGCUGACCUGAUGACGUUGGACACAAUGACCCCUCAGGAGAGGAAGAGGCAGGGUUACAUCCACGAGCUCAUCCAGACCGAGGAGACCUACGUGGAAGACCUGGAGCUGGUUCUAGAGGUCUUCUACAAGCCCAUGUCCGAGUCAGGCCGGCUAACAGAAGCUGAGAUGGGAGUGAUCUUUGUUAACUGGAGGGAGCUGAUUAUGUGCAACACCAAAUUACUCAAAGCGCUGCGUGUCCGUAAAAAGACCGAAGGAGAGAACAUGCCGGUUCAGCUGAUAGGCGACCUGUUGGCGUCGGAGCUCGCGCACAUGCAGCCCUACAUCGGCUUCUGCUCCUGCCAGCUCAACGCCGCCGCCCUGCUGCAGAGCAGAACCCACAACCAGCCUGACUUCAAAGACUUCCUCAAGAAGAUAGCCACUAACUACCGCUGUAAAGGAAUGCCACUGUCCAGCUUCCUGCUCAAGCCCAUGCAGAGGAUCACGCGCUACCCCCUGCUCAUUAAGAACAUCCUGGAGCACACCCCAGACGGUCACGCGGACCGCAGCCCCCUGAGAGAAGCUCUGGAGCGGGCCGAGGAGCUGUGCUCUCAGGUCAACGAGGGGGUCCGGGAGAAGGAGAACUCAGACAGGCUGGAGUGGAUACAGAGCCACGUGCAGUGUGACGGACCGAUAGAGCACUUGGUCUUCAAUUCGCUGACUAAUUGCCUCGGGCCUCGCAAGCUGCUCCACAGCGGUCGGCUCUACAAAACCAAAAGCAGCAGGGAGCUGUGGGCUUUCCUCUUCAAUGAUUUCCUCCUCCUCACGCACAGCGCCAAGUCCUUCUCCUCCUCAGGACCAGACAAGCUAUUCAGCCUCAAGACCAGCAUACAGCUGAAGAUGUACAAAACACCACUGUUCCUCAAUGAGGUGUUGGUAAAAAUGCCAGCAGACCCGUCCAGCGAUGAGCCAAUCUUCCACGUCUCGCACAUCGAUCGAGUCUACACACUCAAAACUGAGACCUUGAACGAGAGGACAACGUGGGUCCAGAAAAUCAAAGCAGCAUCUGAACAAUUCAUAGAGACGGAGAAGAAAAAGAGAGAGAAGGCUUACCAAGCACGUUCCCUGAAGACUAGCGGUAUCGGCCGACUGCUGGUAACCGUCACUGAAGCCCAGGAGCUCAAAGCCUGUAAGCCCAACGGUAAGAGCAAUCCGUACUGUGAGCUGACGAUGGGGGCCCAGUGCUACACGUCCCGACCGAUCGCCGACACUCUGAACCCAAAGUGGAACUUCAACUGCCAGUUCUUUGUCAAAGACCUCUACCAGGACAUCCUGUGUAUCACUGUGUUUGAGAAAGACCAGUUCUCACCAGACGAUUUCCUGGGUCGUACUGAAGUUCCCGUGGCCACUAUAAAGAAAGAGAUGGAGAGCAAAGGUGCAGCGAACCGUCGCCUACUACUGCACGAAGUCCCUACUGGAGAGGUUUGGGUCAAACUAGACCUACAGCUUUACGAGCCAAUCAAAUGAGGACAACACACAGCCAAAUCAUUCCCUCAGGGCACUCGCACCACUUAUUUUUAUAGUAAUGAAGAGAAGACAUUUUGCAUAAACAGCCGCACACAUUUAUAAGUGCCUAUCUGUAGCAGUGCAAUCAGUGAAGAACUCUUGAUUUUACUGUCACUGCCUUAUUCUGCCUUCAGUCAAAAAAGGGUGUUCUUGUUACCAACAAACCAGCUAAAAUGUAAAAAUAUUUUUUACAAAUUUGUAAACAAUACUAUUUUACUCUUCAUGGAGGAAUACCGCCUGUCCAACAUGUUUUCUUUGUUUAUAUGAAGACGUACGUCCUGUAAUACAUUCGCCUGCACACUGCCACACGUCCUUGUUAUGCCGUCAUUUAAAAUGCUGCACACUACUGUACAAUGUAACGUCCAAUGUUAACCCCUUAAUCCUGAAAAUGGCAUGAAUAAAAUGUGCAUACAGAAAAACAUUUUCUUUAUUGCGGCUGAAUGUUUCGCUACUUUGUCAACACAUUCCUGGUUUCAUGUAUUCCUACACGAUUAACCCUUUCUAGUACAGUGUCUGGGGGAAGGAAUGUGAGUUAGUUAGAAGCGAGCAGAGGUGAAGAUUUACGGUUAAAAUGGAUUUUAUUUGGAUGCAGACGAGGGCUGAAGUCGUUAACUCGCUGGUUGUUGCCGACGUCCACGUCCGAGCAGCCAGCAGCCGGUCUGAUGGCACCUUCCAUCUAGUGUGGCAGUUGCACUGAUGUGGUAUGGUGUGGUGUCGAGCCUGGAUGCACAAUGUUAUUAACAUUAUUUUAAGUGAAUGAAGUGCCGUUGUGCUGCAGCAGUUAUCACAUUGUCACCGCAGAUCCUGCUUUGUUCUAGAAAAUAUGUUUUGACAAUAAAAGUUCUCAUAAUAAUGUAUAUUUGUACCUGCUGGACUUCUUUCCUUCUGUCGUAUCCCCCACUGGAGUGUUUCUGGAUGCAGUGACUGGAUGAUUAGACGAGGCCUGGAGCAGUUUGUUGGUCUGAGACGUCACAGACUCACAAAGAGGAGGAUCGCUCUGCACUGGUCUCCUUGUGUAUUUACAUCCUGAAAUAGAAGGGAAAUUGGUUAGCUACAAUUAGCCGCAAUAAGCUACUGGUCAUACCAGACCAAGUGAGGCUGUAGCUGCAACACCUCUUGAGUGUAUUGAGUUGAGCAAGCUUGCCUUUUAUUGCUCAUGAAUGCAGCUUUUCUUUUGUAACAGGAAGAAUGUGUUAUUUCUUCUUUCAAAAGUUAUAUAGUCUCACAUUAAUUCCCCCAAAUUAAAGAGAAAAUGCCACUGAGGAUAUCUCCUCUCAAAGCAAAGCAUUCAUACAAGUCUUCAAUUUCCUUUUAGUUAAAAAAAAAAAGAAAAAGGAAAUUACCUGCUUCACAAGAACCGGCUGUUCUCUUUUCCUUCAGUCGUUCAUGUAACUGAAGGUACAGUGGGUCCUUUAAGUCAGCUGGACUGAGCUAAAGGAAUAGAGCAGUGAAAAUAGUGUCAGUAACAGACGCAUUCGGAAUACUUCAGUAUGUCCAAAGCUUCUAUAUAUUAAGUGAAAUAAAAAUA